AGCGCGCAUCCCGCCCCCGAGCAGCCCCGAGCGGAGCCGAAGCGGAGCGCGGAGGAGAGGCGGACGGACGGACGGACGGGCGGCCGCCGAGCCCCCGCCAUGGCCCGCAACACGCUGUCGUCACGCUUCCGCCGCGUGGACAUCGACGAGUUCGACGAGAACAAGUUCGUGGACGAGCAGGAGGAGGCGUCGGCGGCCGCGCAGGCGGCGGGGGAGCCGGGCCCGGACCCCGGCGAGGUGGACGGGCUCCUGCGGCAAGGGGACAUGCUCCGGGCAUUCCACGCGGCCCUGCGGAACUCUCCCAUCAACACCAAGAAUCAAGCUGUGAAGGAGCGAGCCCAGGGCGUGGUGCUAAAGGUGCUUACCAAUUUUAAGAGCAGCGAGAUCGAGCAGGCUGUGCAGUCCCUGGACAGAAAUGGCAUCGACCUGUUAAUGAAGUACAUUUAUAAAGGGUUUGAGAAGCCCACAGAAAAUAGCAGUGCAGUGUUACUCCAGUGGCACGAAAAGGCAUUAGCAGUAGGAGGACUAGGAUCCAUUAUAAGAGUUCUUACUGCAAGAAAGACUGUUUAAAGAACCAAAAGACUCAUGUUACCUGGAGAAGAAGUUUCGAUGCAGAGGCUGGUGAAGAAGGGACUGACAACUGACCGUCUUCCCAGGAACUCCUAAUCCGUCUUUCAGGACAUGCAUCUGCUGAAGUGUUUCAUUUUUAAGGUGGAGGGAGAAAUUGUGUUUCUUAACCCUUUACAAGACCCGAUAGUUUAUGCCUUUGUCCGUGAGUCCGGCAGAACUGACCUUGUGACUGACGGAGCGAUGGCCGGCGCUGAUCAGGGGUACCUGCGUGCACUGCCGAUUGAAAGGGGAGUGGGAAGAGCUGGGCUGGCACAGAGCCAAGGGCUGUGGGAGCGGGGGAGCUUGCUCUUUGGUAGUGAAGAAACUCUGGAGGGUUUUCUCUACUGUGUCCUGGCUUCCAGAGAAGGCGGGGCUCUCUUGGGUUCAUUGUAAAGUGCCUGCUGCAUCAAUAAAGCUCUUGGCUUACUAGUUCAUGCA